CGAACCGAUUGAUCAAGAGCUCCGCGUUUCAGCUUUCCUGCUUUGUCGCUGCGAUCACUAUGGCGACACCUCAACGUCGAAUCUUCGCUCUCUUCUUUCCUGUCCUAACUCCUAACAGUCUAUGAUUUGCUGGUCGAUGAAUGCGCGUCCAUCUCUCUUUUCUCCUCGUAAUUGAUUUUUCAAGUUGUUUGAAUCGAUUCUUUGAGAGGUGGGCGUAUUGUGUGUGAAUUAAUUUCUAUGCUACGCAUCACGUGUAUGAGUAUUGGCUACUCUUUUGGAGGAUUUAAUUCGAACAAGUUGAGAUUUUCCCAAUUUUUGAUAGAUUUUUUAAUAGAAGUAAGAGAAGUUUGCCAAGAGUAGGAGCUGUUCUUUUCUGAUUUCAACUGUGAAUUUGAUGAUUUACAAAUGAAGGUUCGAUUUUCUAUUGGGGUUUGUUUUUAUCUGAUUCGUAUUCAGUUGUUCUCAAUUUGAUGGAGCUGUUGAGGGUUUAGCAAGUAUUGAGAUCAGAUCAGGUGUUGCCGGGGCUGUGAUUUCACUUCCUAUAUUUUCUUGGGUUUGGUAGUAUUGAGGUUGGGAGUUCCUGCAAUGUUCUUUCACCUGUCUUGAUUGAAUUGGUGUAUGAACUGAAAGGAAGUUGGAAUUCCUUCCUGACCUUGUGGUAGAUGGUGUGAAUUUGUAUUUGCAAUGGCUAUAACUUAGAAUGCAAAAGGAGAUCGUAGAAACCGAUUUAGAAACAGAAAAGGCUGCAUCUGCUGGAGUUAGUGACAUUCAAGGUGGAAGCCAGGGAUUUCGUAGGGAGCCAUCUUUCUCAGGUUGGUGUGAUGAGAAUGGGAUCAUUUAUUCAACUUGUUCUUCAGACAAAGCUGAUGCAAGUAUAGAAGAUCCUGAUUUUGAAUUGCCUUUGCCUGAAGGUGACGGGCCAGAUAAUGAAUUCUUAGGUGGGGUUAGACAGAAAUUUACGAAAUUUCAGCAGAGAAGUAUGCAUUUGAAUGGAGGUCAUUCCAUUAAUAGUACAGUUUCAUAUAUGGAAAGGAAUGGAAAUGAGACCAACUCUGUGCCUUGUAAUAUUGAAAAUGGCUCUGAGAGCCAACAGAAUGGUUCGCAUUUUAAUGUGGAUGGUGCUGCUACAAGGGGAACACAUAAAACAGUAGCAGAUACUCAAAGCUCUAUUUCCAUAGUCAUUGUUCUUAAGACGUUGUUUUUCGUAUUUGUAUGGUAUGGUUUCAGUACUUGUUUGACUCUAUAUAACAAAACACUUUUAGGAGAUAAUUUAGGAAAGUUUCCUGCUCCAAUGUUGAUGAACACCGUCCACUUUGCAAUGCAAGCUGUUCUGUCCAAUGCUAUUACAUGGUUUUGGGACAAAAGGUUUCAACCCAGAGUAGCAAUGUCAUGGAGGGAUUACUUUAUACGAGUUGUGCCAACGGCUCUUGGAACUGCACUGGAUAUAAACCUGAGCAAUGCCUCUCUUGUUUUCAUUACUGUCACAUUUGCAACUAUGUGUAAAUCUGCGUCUCCUAUUUUUCUGCUCCUUUUUGCUUUUGCGUUCAGGUUGGAGACUCCAAGCAUUAAACUUCUUGGCAUCAUAUUAAUCAUCUCUGUUGGAAUUCUGUUGACAGUUGCAAAGGAAACAGAAUUUGACUUUUGGGGUUUCAUUUUUAUCAUGCUUGCUGCUAUUAUGUCUGGCUUUAGAUGGUCCAUGACUCAGAUUCUUUUACAGAGAGAAGUCUAUGGUUUAAAGAAUCCUCUUACAUUGAUGAGCUAUGUGGCUCCAGUUAUGGCAGUAGCAACUGCUCUACUCUCUCUUAUGAUGGAUCCUUGGGAUGAAUUCAAAAAGAACGAGUACUUCAAUAAUUCAUGGCACGUUUUUCGAAGCACUCUCCUAAUGCUUUUUGGUGGAACCCUAGCGUUCUUUAUGGUUUUGACAGAAUAUAUUCUUGUCUCGGUAACCAGUGCAGUAACUGUAACAAUUGCAGGGGUUGUCAAAGAGGCUGUUACUAUUUUGGUUGCAGUGUUUUACUUCCAUGAUCAGUUUACCUGGUUGAAAGGGAAUGGGCUUGUUAUAAUCAUGGUUGGUGUUGGUUUAUUCAAUUGGUACAAAUACCAAAACCUACAGAAACACCAAGAAAGUGAAGACAAUGAAGCAGGUUUUGUCUCCACCAACGUUGCUGCAAAAUAUGUCAUCCUGGAGGAGAUGGAAGAUCAAGUUGAUGAUGCAUGACUUCUACUGUGAUCAGCUUGGAUUUUUGAACUUAUACAAAGAUGACGAUUGGUGGCGGGCAUCGGCUCAUGAGAGGGAUGGCCUAUUGUACUUUGAUCUUGCCUCCUCAUCUACAAUGGUGUCUGCUACCUCUACUAGCGUUUCUCCUUUACAUUGGUACUACCGGUUGGGGAACUUUUCUCUUACCAAGCUACAACAUAUGAUUCCUGGUUGCAAGUCUAUUUCCCAUAUUGAGUGUGAAGCUUGAUAGCUUGGCAAGCAUCACUGUUCUAUUUUUUCAUCUCGUAGAGAGUCUAGAAGUUGGUCUUUAUUUGAUUUAGUUCAGAUAUUAGGGGGCCAUAUAGGAUCAAAAGUCGGUCUGAUUUUUCUUACUUUGUUUUAUUUAUUGAUGAUCAUUCUAAUGACUUGGUUGUACCUUUUGAAAGAUGGUUCUGAAAUGGUUUGUCUUAAUUUUAUAAUGAAAUAAAAGUUUAGUUUGGUGUUUGUUUGAAAGUUUUGGGUACCGAUAAUGCUCUUCAAGCUUACUCAACAUGGGAUUUCCUCUUUUUGUUCUGACCAUGGCUUGAUUCACCAAACCAGUUGUUCUUACACACCCCAACAAAAUGGUGUGGUUGAGCUUAAAAACUGACAUUUGUUAAACAUUACUAGGUCUUUAAUGUUCUAUAUGAAUGUCCUUAAAAUUUAUUGUUGGGUGGUGCUAUGUUGACCGCCUGUUUUUUCAUUAACCAGAUGUUGUCCUCUAUCCUUCAUAAUAAAACUCCAUUUGCUGUUUUUUUCCCCUAACAACCCCUUGUUUAUUUUAUUUCCUCGCAUCUUUGGCUGUCAAUGUUUUGUGCAUAUUCUUCGUCCUGGCCACGAUAAACUGUCUCCUCCGUCCACAAAGUGUGUCUUUCUCGGUUACUCCUGAACCCAAAAGGGCUACCCGUGCUUUGAUCCUCUUACUCAACAAUUUGUUAGUGCUGAUAUAUAUAUAUAUAUAUAUAUUUUUUUUUUUUUUGAAUACACCCUAUUUUGGUGCCUUUGUUUUUUAUUUGGGUCCUAUCUCGCCUACUACCCCACCAAUUCCUUGGCUCAUUACUCUUGAGGUUUCGGACCACAAGCCUACAAGGUUGCCCUUACAGAUAUACAAUUGUCAUCCUAAGAAAUCAGUGACUCUCCCCGCCAUUCCUUAGCCUCCUCCAUCCGACUCUUUGCCUGGAGAUUCUCCCUCUAAUGCUGAUCUCCCAAUUUCACUUCGGAAAGGUACCCAUUCGGCCAUUCCUAUACUAAGAACUCUUUAGUUAUCUAUCUGAUUGCAAAUUAUGUUUCCAUUUCUCAUCUUCUUUCUUCUCUUCUUCAAUUUCCUUUAUCCCUUACAUCCCACUCCAUUCCUUCCAGUUACAAAGAUGCUAUGCUAACCCUGAGUGGAAUACUGCAGUGGAUGUGGAAAUGGAUGGCUUGCUAUCUCAUAAGACUUCGUCAAUGGUAGACCUACUUCCGGUAAGGACCUUGUAUGAUGUCGUUGGGUGUAUACUAUUAAGUAUAACCUUGAUGGUUCAGUUGAGUGAUUGAAGACUCUUUUUGUUGCUAAGGUUACUCAGACCUAUGGAAUUUACUACUUUGAGACAUUCUCCCCCAUUGCUUGGUUAACUUCUGUGUGCAUCCUGAUAUCUGUGGCUGUAAAUCUUGAUUGGCCCCUUUAUCAAUUAGACAUCAAGAAUUAUAUUUUGUAUGGUGACUUGUAAGAGGAGUUUUAUAUGGAGCAACGUCCUAGGUAUGUUGCUCACGGGGAGGAUACUACCAAAGUUUGUAGGCUGCACAAAGUCAUUUAUGGGCUGAACAAUCCCCACAUGCAUGGUUUGGUACUUUGGUGAAUUUAGCAAAGUUGUUGUUGCAUAUGGUUUUUCUCACUGUUACCUAGAUCACUCGGUUUUUGUUUGUCGUCAUGACUCUAAAGUUAUUAUACUAAUCGUUUAUGUUGAUGACAUCAUUGUUUCUAGCAACAAUUUGUCUAGGAUUGCAUAGGUCAACAGUUACUUACAACAACACUUUCAGAUGGAAGACUUGGGUGCUUUCUACUAUUUCCUUGGUAUUGAGGUCAUCAAAGUAAGAAUGGACUCAGUUUGUCUCAACGGAACUUUGUUCUUGAUCUUCUGAGUGAGACAAGAAUGUUAAGCUAUAAGCCUGUAGAUAUUCUUAUGGACGCUCAUAUCAAACUUGGAGCAUCUAAUGACAAAGAGUUUGAAGAUAAACAUCAACAUCAAGGACUUGUCGGUAAACUUAUAUAUCUUACCGUUACCUAGCCUGACAUCUCCUAUGUUGUUGGUGCCAUUAGUCAGUUCAUACAAACACCUAAGUAAGUUUAUUGGAAGGUAGCUUGUUGUAUAUUGAGAUACCUUAUGGGUGCACCAGGGAAAGGCCUUUUUUAUCGUCGUCAUGGUCACAUUGGUAUUGUUUGUUAUUUCAAUGUUGAUUGGACUGGUGCUGAUGGGGACCAAUGUUCUA